AUGAGGAGCCCAAAAUGUCAAAUGGACCAAAAUAAUUUGGCCCGGGUGUUUGGACCAACCAUAGUAGGACAUGGAACAUCUGAACCAUGUACGAUGACCAUCAUAAAGGAUGUCAACACUCAGCCAAAGGUGGUUGGUCGCUUGCUGUCCUUGCCUGAAGAAUACUGGAAGCAUCUCCUUGCCAAUCCCAACACUCAAGCCAUGUCUUCCACAAAUGAGACCGAACGCCAGGGUGAUGGAUGUGGCCGUUUCUUCGAACCAUUAACAUCUCCAGAACUGAGCAUCUACCUUAAAACUGCAGGCAGAAGGAAAGUAAUGAACCUCGGCAGUGCUUUCUCGAGCAGUCUGCAGACUAAGAUAUAA